UCAUUUUCAUUCAUUCGUUCAUUAGUGACAAGCGGCGGCGGUGCGUAGCCGUGCGAUUAAAGUUUUAAAAAAAUCUCAAAAAUGGGUGUCCCUGCAGAAUUACAAACAGAAGCUAUUUCUAUAGUACAUCAAUUCCUACAAAAUAUUGACAAGUCGCUGGCUCAAGAGUUUUUGAAGAAAACCAAAGCGAAACCGCGUGUCAAGGGUCUACCUUCGCUCACAGACAUAUUAACAGAAUACAACAAACACAAGAAGCCCCAAAAAGCUGCUGAGAGUUCUGAUGACGACUCUAGUGAAGAUGAAGCACCACAGAAAAAACCCAUUGCUCAAGUCAAUGGCAAGGCUGCUGCUCCUAAAAAAGGUCAAGAUUCUUCUGACUCCGACGACUCUGAAGAUGAGAACCCCAAGACACAAGCCAAACCAAAAGUAGCAGCUACACCGGUUAAAAAGGCAGAGUCAUCAGAUGAUAGUGAUAGUGAAGAUAAUGCCACAGCUAAGCCAACAAAGCAACCAGUGAAGCCCAGUAAUGCUACACCUAAAGUAGUUAAAAAACAAGAAUCAUCAGAUGAUAGUAGUAGUGAAGAUGAAACACCUAAACCUCAACAAAAACCUCAGGCUAAGGCAGUUCCUCCAAAAGCAACUCCUGCUUCUUCAUCGGAUAGUGAUGACAGCAGUGAAGAUGAAAAACCAAAAGCCACAGCAAAACCUGCACCCAAACCUCAAACUAAACCAACUCCAGCUAAGAAACAAGAAUCGUCUUCAGAUGAUAGUGAUGACAGUGAAGAUGAAAAACCAGCUCAAAAGAAGGCUGCACCUACACCUGCAAAGACUCCAGUCAAGGCAGCUCCAGCCAAAAAACAAGAAUCAUCCUCUGAUGACAGUGAUGACAGUGAAGAUGAAAAACCAGCUCAAAAGAAGGCUGCACCUACACCUGCCAAGGUUCCAGCUAAAGCAGCCCCAGCCAAAAAACAGGAAUCAUCUUCGGAUGACAGUGACGAUAGUGAGGACGAAAAACCAGCUCCAAAGAAGGCUGCACCUACACCUGCAAAGCCUCCAGUCAAAGCAGCUCCAGCAAAAAAACAGGAAUCAUCCUCUGAUGACAGUGAUGACAGUGAAGAUGAAAAACCUAAAGCACCUGUGAAAGGUACUCCUGCUAAGCCAGCAGCCAAAGCCACACCUGCUAAAAAACAAGAAUCAUCAUCAGAUGAUUCCAGUGACGAAGAUUCUAACCCCAAGAAGACGCAACCUCCAAAACCUGCUGUAACCCCUGCCAAACCUAAAGCAACACCAGCUAAAAAGCAAGAGUCCUCGGAUGACAGUGAUGACAGCGAUGAAGAUGAAAAGCCCCAAAAGGCUCUCCAGAAACCUCAACCCACUCCCGUUAAACCAGCUAUUAAAGCAUCAGCUAAAAAGGAUUCUUCCUCAGAUAGUGAUGACAGUAGUGAAGAUGAGAAACCUAAAGCAGCUGCAAAGACUCCAGCUAAAACUCCUGUAAAGGCGGCAGGUAAAAAAGCAUCAUCAUCAGAUGACAGUGAUGAUAGUGAUGAGGAACCUUCAAAACCUGCUCCUAAAACACCUGUCAGUGUUACUAAACCAAAACCUGCAGCAAAGAAACAAGAGUCGUCAGAUGAUGAUUCAAGUGAUGAUGAUGAACCAAAACAGAAACCAGCACAAAAAGCUGCUCCUGCCAAGAAAGCUGAAUCGUCUGAUGACAGUGACGACAGUGAUGACGAUGCUCCUCCUGCUAAAAUAUCAAAAAAAGAUUCCAAUAAUCAGGGUGCUGAAAAUGGAGUUCAAACCGGAAAAAAAAGGAAAGCAUCAGAAGGUGAUUCAAAUGCUCCAGCUAAAAAACCCUACAGCAACUUCGUAAAGGGUACAGUUAGUGUAUCAACUCCCAAAGAAAAAAGUAAUGAAGUGAGUAAGCCAGCUCCCUUCCGAAGAGUGGCGUCGCAACCUAUAGAAGUGGAUCCUAGACUUAAGGAUAACUCGUUCGACGCCAAGAGUGGUUCACGUGGGUCAUGGGGUGAGCGUGCUAAUCAAGACUUAAAACAUACACGUGGCAAGUCAUUCAAGCAUGAGAAGACGAAGAAAAAGAGGGGUUCAUAUCGCGGUGGCGCAAUCGAUACAGGUGUACACUCCAUAAAAUUUGAAGACUAGAUUAAUUUAAUUGCUUUCAUGGGCCAUAAUAGUUGUGUGCUUGUGAUAAGCACCAUAAUUACUUGGCUGUCGAUAUUACUGGCUUAGCUCGUAGUUUUAUCGAUACAGCUUCGCAUUCCGCCACAUAGUGAUGGUAUUUAUUUUUAUUGCCACCUGUACUUGUAUUAUUUCUGUAUUACAUAACUUCAUACAAUAGUUAAUUCAGAAACUAAUCUGUAAUGUCUGCUGUUUAUCAAAUUUGUUAGAGUGUUGACUAUUGUGUCCUAGACAUGAAUGUGUGAGUGGGUUUGGCUCCACUGAAUCUUGGUAAAAUGCGCAAUUAAUUGUUUAUGAGGUUUUGAAAACUUAUUUGCGUUCUAUUUUACACUGACAUUUUAUUAGACGUAAUUAUUAAUUUAGUCAAUCAGUAAGUAUAACUUCCUUAGGCUUUUACUUAAUUUUUACUGACCUAGUUGGUUUUUAGGACCUACUUAUUCCGAUGCUGUACUGACUUAUUAUUUUUUUAUUAUUUGCACACUACAUACUGGAUUGAUAUAUGCUCUGACUUGUGUUGAUUUUUUUUAUUCAAACAAACUAUUUAAUUUCUGAUUAAAUCCAGUUUUUGUUGGGGCCAAAAUUUUGUUAUAUUUAAAUGAUACUUAUUUACUGAAAACUUUAUAAUUCUGAAUGAUUUAUUUUCAUAAGUGUUGAUGUAAAUAGAUGUGUAUUUUACGUACUAUACUGUGUACAUAGGCUAAAUAUAAGAUUAAUUGAUAAAUGAAUAUAGACUUACACUUGUAGUAAGUAAUACGAACAGGUGCGAAAACAUACAAUAACAUGUAUUUUUAACAUCUAUGUACCUGUAUUGUUUUGUUAGUUUGAUAAGCCCGCCUUUUGAAUAUAAAACUUAAGAACAUUA